ACUUUCUUGUUUAGAUACUAUUAUAAACUUACAUUAUAGAAAUGAUAUGACAGAGGAAUUAUCAGAAAUUCUAUCAACAUAUGAAAUUACCUAUGUUGCUGAUUUAGUUGUUGUCGAAAGAGAAGUGUUAAUUCCUGGUAUACCCGGAUUUUUGUCCAACCAUUCGGAAAUAUACCAGCUGUGGACUCACUGUUAUAUAGGUACAGAAAAUAGACCAAACGAAAAAAUGUUAUUAGACUUUUGGUAUUCAAAAAAUAAAUCUUUUGCAUUCAACACCAACCUUUAUCUUGAUAAAUUUACAAAUCAGAUGGGAAGAAUUCUUAAAUUGGGAACUAUGCAUUAUGAACCGUACAACAUUGUAGAUGGUUUCACUCCCGAAGAAUAUAAGGGUACUGAAUCAUCCGCUAUGAAAAUUUUCGCUAAAGAAGUAAAUGCUACAUACAAAUUUGUUAUUAAUAAUCAAGAUUAUUGGGGAGAUAUUUUCGAAAACUGGACAGGAAAUGGAUUACUAGGAAUGGUGGCUGAUGAUACAGUUGAUAUAGCAUUUGCUGCAAUGGGUCACUGGGGGAAACUUCACCCUUAUGUAGAUUUUUCGGUGACGUUUGUGAGAUCAGGAGUCACAUGUAUUGUACCAGCACCUCUGUUGGCAGCAGGUUGGCUUACACCCUGGUAUUCAUAUUCUAAUAGUAUGUGGGCAUUGGUUGGUGCUAGCUUUUUUACUUGCGUUGUUGUGCACUUUAUCAUGACUAUGUUAAAAACUAAAAUGCUUAUUGGCAGUUCAAUAGAUGUAACUAAGAAGUCAUUUGGUAAUUCCAUGCUUGCAAUGGUAAAAAUAUUUCUCGUUCAAUGUGUCGAUGAUGUCGAUUCACCUCCAGGAAGAUACGGGACGUUAUUUAUGGGAUUACUUUUUAUGUAUAGUCUCUUCCUGUCCAGUACCUACAGUAGUGGACUAGCUGCAGUUAUGACAUUACCUAGAUAUGAUCAUCCUAUAGAAACAGUGCAAGAUUUAUUGGAUAGUGGUAUUCCGUGGGUUGCUCCUCACGAAGUUUGGAUUUACUCUAUAUCAACUUCGGAAGUGCCAGUAUUUAAAGCAAUUAUAAAAGCGUUUCUGGCAGAACCAUCAGAAGAAAAAAUGCGAGAAUAUUCUAAAACACGUGACUACACUUUUGCUUUAGAAAGAUUACCACAAGGUGCAUACGGAUUUCCCACAUAUAUUCAUGAAGAUAUAAUUGAAAAUUUUAAACUCCUUAAAGAAGAUUUGUACUAUGAACAACUUGUAGUUAUCGUAAGGAAAAGUUCGGUAUUAAUCCCUGUUUUAAACAAAUACCUCUCAACUGUUUACGAAACAGGUCUUAUUGCCUAUUGGCAAAGUGAGGCAGUUCUUCUAUUUGGAAAUACACAUAUGUCAAGAGCUGUACAAAGCAACACACGAACUAGUACUAUAGGUAAAUUAAAAUGGACUCACGUCGAAGGAGCAUUUGGUGUAUUAAUAUUUGGACAAUUAAUAGGUUUUCUAGUGUUUAUAUUUGAACUUGGAGCUGCUUGGUAUAAAAUCAGCAAAAGACCUAAUCAAAAUCGUAUUAGAGAAACGUACCCAGAUGAUUUAUUAGAUGCAAAAGUUAGAAAACUACAGUAAUAUAUUUAAAAUGUUACAUAGUAGUAAUAACGAGCACUUGUUAGAAAUAUUAUAGAUAUACCAAUAAAGCAGCAUUGAAAAUAUC